AUGCCGGAACAUGCAUCGGUGGCCGGGGGAACCCAAAGAGGAGGGAUUCAUCGGGCUGCCUUGUCUGUAGACAUGACAAUUCAAGACCUCUUUAACAACACGACCAUCAUAGGCCUUGUGGAAGAUGUCCCUGAAGAUCAGAAGGAUGAUCAAACGGGCCUUUGGCUGAUUCCAAACCAAUCAAAUGGGUCGUCCCCACCAUCAUCACUCAAUCCAGACCUCGAGGGAUGCAGACUGGUCUUGGUGGUUCGCCUAAAAGAAAACGCGGCAACCUUGGAACUACAUUAUCGACGUCCCGGUCAGCUGGAGUACCAGGGACAGCACCUUGCAAACGCUGUGGCGCAGGUGGCGCAAGGUCUCGCAACCGGCCAGGGAGGAAAAGUUAGGGACAUCGAGCUCGGCAAUAUGAGUAAUAUCAUGGAAUGGUGCAUUCGUCGCCAAAUCAAAUACAACAGGCUUCGCUUGUCAACAUUUAUUGAUGUCUUUCGCCAGCGGUGUAAUGAAAGCCCUGAUGCUCCAGCGGUUUGCGCGUGGGAUGGUGAGCUGACAUACUGUCAGCUGGAUGGUAUCACUGACCGCUUUGCGAACGAUCUGCGAAAGUUAGGAGUUGGUGUUGGAUCUCUGGUGCCGAUAUGCUUCGAAAAGUCAAUGUAUGCUAUCGUGGCCGAGCUCAGUAUCUUGAAAGCAGGCGGUGCGUUUGUUCCGCUUGACCCGGCACAUCAAGAGUCUCGAUUCCGACACAUCUUGAAACAAAUCAGUGCAUCCGCCAUUGUUACUUCCACUACGCUGGCCCCACAGAUGUCAACCUUUGCGCUGCCAUUGAUCACUUACUCUCCAGAAAUGAUACUCAGCAGUGAUACGGUGGAUAUCUCACCCAGUCCACUGGCCUCACCCGAUUCCCAGGAAACAGCAUAUAUUGUGUUCAGUUCUGGUAGCACCGGACAAUCUUCGGGAUGCGUUAUGACACAUAGCUCCCUCGUUGAUGUUGCUCAUCAAUGGGAAGCUUUACAUCUCACUGCCACGAGCCGGGUCCUACAGUUCGCUUCCUACACCUUUGCCAUGUCAGUAGUUCAAAUAUUCUGCACUUUAGCGGCGGGGGCUACAAUCUGCAUCCCAUCAGACGAGGAUCGUCAAAAUCGUCUAGCUGAAUAUAUGAAUGAAACGAGAAUAAAUUGGGCUUUCCUCACCCCAUCAACGCUGAAUGCAAUUCACGAUCCAAAUCUGCUCCCAUCACUCAAGACCCUAAUUCUGGCCGGGGAACCAAUGGGCAGGCACCACUUGCAGAUAUGGGUAGACCGGGUUGAGUUGUACGAACUAUACGGGCUCAGCGAGUAUACUGGAUUCGUUGCUAUUUCGGCCCGGGUCACUCUGCAAUGUGCAGAUUCCAGUACUGCUCGAAGUUUUGGCCUCUCCUCGCCGACGGCCAGGGUGUGGCUAGCCGACCCUAUCGACCAUAACCGACUAAUGCCUGUUGGGGCGGUUGCUGAGCUUCUUCUUGAGGGACCGGGCCUAGCACGAGAAUAUCUCAAUGAUUCCACUAAGACGGCAGGGCGAUUUAUUAAGUCUCCUGCAUGGCUUCGUGGCGACGGGCGCCGGGUGUAUACAACAGGCGACCUCGUCCAAUACCUUGCAGACGGAAGCUUUCGCUAUAUUGGGCGUAAAGACUUCCAGACGAAAAUUCGUGGAAUGAAGGUUGACUUGGCAGAUAUGGAAUACCAAAUUUCUCAACAUUGUCCUUCCGUCACCCGUGCGAUUGCUGAAGCGGUUUUACCCGAUGACUCGGACGCGGCAUCAGUCCUGGCGGUCUUUUUGCAUUAUGGAAAUCUAUUACCAGUCACCAGUGGGGUGAAAGAAGAGAACUUGUUUAAGGCGCCGAGCAGCUGGUACACGCAGUUUAAAUUGGAUGUCAGCCGCUUGAAGGCGGAGCUGCCGGGGUCUUUGAGUCAGCCUAUCAUACCAAGUAUAUAUCUUCCCAUAACAAACAUACCACUAACCAUGACGGGGAAGAUUGACCGGCGUCGCAUAAGAGAGAUUAUUAGUAAGACUAGCUGGUUUCAGCUACAAAAAUAUGCCGACCAAAGAGUUAAACAUGUCCGACCGCACACUGCCGCGGAGGCCACUCUGCACACUUUACUCACACAGGUGCUUCAGAUUCAAUCAGAUACAUUCGGAGUACAUGAUAAUUUUCUGCAUCAUGGAGGAGACUCGGUCAAGGCAAUGCAUCUUGCACGCCUAUGUCGGCAGCAGGGCCUGUCAUCAGUCACAUUUAAGGACAUCAUGGAGUUCCCAACCAUCAGACAACUUUUGUCCAAACCAAACAAGGAACUCUACGUGGAAUCUACACCCUCGACGGUCGAAUCGAGAUCUAAUAUAUUUAUUCAACCAAAUGAUACUCUACAGCAACUCAUAGCAGAGAGACUUCGUGUGUUGGAACUUCCGGAGGACACCAAGGUCGAGGCUAUAUACCCAUGCUCUCAUGUCCAAGAGGGGAUCCUCAUGAGUCAAGUCCAUUGUCCGACUAUCUAUUUAAUCCAAGCGACCUACAGCAUGGUGACAACGGCACAUAAUGGUCAGCCAAUUGAUACUGAUCGACUCAAGAACGCCUGGAAAGAGCUGGUUAGAAUGCAUCCAAUGCUGCGCACAAUUUUUAUCAAUAGCACAGUACCAGAUCUAUUUGCACUGCAGGCUGUCCUCGCUGAAGAAGUGUGUGAGCUGUCGAUUGUGCAAUGUGACAAUUUGCCUUGCGAACCAACUCUUUGCAAUAAAAAACUAGAGCCAGUCAAAUCCAUCUGGUCAUCAAUUCCGCGGAUGACUAUCAAGCAAGACAGCCUGGGUCGGGUUUCUCUAGGGCUCGACAUCAAUCAUGCAAUCACUGACGCAACCUCUAUGUCAAUCAUUACGCGUGACCUGAUCCGAUUGUAUUGCCAAGGGGAGGAGAUGGACUCCGGCAGUCUUCCUCCUAGACUACUCUAUUCGGACUAUAUCGAUCAUCUGAGAAAAGAAUCGACUCCAUCUACACUGGAAUUCUGGAAAUCCUACUUGCUUGAUGUAGAGCCUUGCCUAUUUCCACAGCUGAACACGCAUUCUCACACCAUGAAUGACGACUCACGCUGGCAGAAUUUGCCGAUUGAUCUUGACCAUGAGAGCAGAUACCAUGAAUUCUGCUCAGCCACCGGAAUGACAAUUGUUAGUAUCUUCAAACUGGCAUGGGGCCUUGUGCUCUCUAGCUUCACGGCAUCCCGCACUGUGUGCUUUGGAUAUAUGACUUCCGGUCGAGAUCUGCCACUGGCUGGGAUUGAGCAUGCAGUCGGACCGUUCAUCAAUGCACUUCCUUGUGCUUUCAAAAUACCAUUAGAGAAAUCUUCAUUGGAGAUACUUCAAGCAUUACAGGAAGACUUUACCAAUGCUAUUCCCCAUCAACGGGCGUCGUUAGUUGCCGUUCAACAUUCUGUUAGCCUCGCCGGUGGUAACUCUCUCUUCAAUACUUCGCUCACUUUCCCACCCCAGAUAGACUCCGACGAUGAGCGCGAGAUCCAGCUUACUGAAAUAGACCGUUGCGAUCCGACCGAGAAUGAGAUCGUCGUGGAGGUCACUGUCCGAAACAAAAAGAUCGGGGCGAACUUCAAGUAUUGGACUCGCAGCCUUUCUGAAAAGCAGGCCAAGAAUGUCAUCAAUACUUUGCGACGCACUCUCUCACAGAUUAUGAAUAAUCCCCAAAAAAGGCCAUCCGAGAUGAAGCUCAUCAGCUUAGAGGAUGAAGCGAUGCUUCACAGUCUGAAUUCGACUCUACCACCACCCCCCGAUGUUUGCGUCCAUACCCUUAUUGAGCAGCAAUGCAUAAAUCAACCAGAAGCGGAGGCCAUCUGUAGCUGGGAUCGGACUAUUUCCUAUGGCCAGCUACUGGAGCUGUCAGAAAGCUUAGCGUUCCAACUGAUUAAGAGAGGCGUCAGACGAGGCACCUACAUACCACUAUGUCUAUCGAGAAGCUACCUGACACCAGUUGCAAUGCUUGCUGUCAUGAGGGCAGGUGCUUCCUUUUGUCUGCUUGAUGUGUCCCACCCCCUACCCCGGCUACAAUUCAUUUGUGGAAUGCUACAGUCCCCGAUCGUUAUUACUUCUACCGCACACCGUAGCCUGGCUGAAAACCUCGGUGGAAAAGAAGUCUUCUUGGUUGACAACGCGAUAGACGAUAACAUGGACCUGCAUGUUGGCUUGGAUCGAGGAAAUAUCGCUGAUCCUAAUGACCCCCUCUUUGUUGUAUUCACCUCCGGGUCGACGGGUGAGCCCAAAGGCAUAAUUAUUGAGCAUCUUUCUUAUGCCUCAAGUGCCGCUGAGCAUGCUGAAAGACUCGGGCUAUCUCAAAACUCUCGGAUGCUUCAGAUAUCGGGAUAUGCCUUCGAUGCCGCUGUGCUGGAGCACUUGACGGUUCUACUCACUGGAGGCUGUGUGUGUAUACCGUCAGAAUCGGAGCGGUUCAAUCACCCAGGAGAGGUGGCAGCGCGAAUGAGAGUCGAUACCAUACUAACAACGCCGUCAAUGGCAAGGGUACUCAGCCCCGGCGAUCUGCCCUGUCUACGAACCUUGGCUUUAUGUGGGGAAUCCAUGGACCAGUCCGACAUUGAUAAAUGGACCCCAGCAGUGCGCCUGGCUAAUGUAUAUGGCCCCGCCGAAUGCACGGUAAUAUCUACAAUCCAACCAUCUCAACAGGGCAAGAUCCCUCGCAAUAUUGGAUCUCCAAUCGCAUUUUCCGCCUGGAUUACUAUGCCAGACGACCCAAGCCAACUCUUGCCAGUAGGUGCUGUCGGCGAACUUCUUAUUGAAGGCCCAAUUGUGGGCCGUGGAUAUAUCAACAAUCCAGAACAGACCGCCAUCACAUUUAUUGAGGCCCCUGCCUGGCUUAAAAAUUUUCGUGGAAACUCAGUUUCACCUCACAGCCGACGGGUGUAUCGCACUGGCGACUUAGUAUCUUAUGAACAGAAAGAUCGCUCUCUCCAGUAUGUGGGCCGGAAGGACACGCAGAUCAAGCUUCGUGGACAAAGAAUUGAGCUUUCCGAGGUUGAAAAUCAUGUUCGUCGCCAGUUCCGUGGUGUCCGUGCGGUGGUUGUGGAUAUGGUGCGACGUGAGAAGUCCGCAUCGCUUGUAGCUUUUCUGCUACAUGCCGAGAUCCUUCCACCUGUACGUACGUUUGAUGGCAGCCCUUCGAUCUUUGAUCUUCCAAAUGAGGAUUUUCACCGGGGAGUCACCAGUUCCCUUGGCCAGCUGCAGAGGGACCUACCUCCAUACAUGGUCCCUGCAGCUUACGUCCCUGUGUCGGAGCUGCCAAUGACAAAAACAGGAAAACUUGACCGACGUAGAUUGGUGGAGGAGAUGAGCAAGCUGCCGAACGACGUGUUUCAGCGACUACUUGGUGGAGCUCUGGGCUCCAAGACAGCACCGUCCUCAGAUCGCGAGAGUCUUUUGCAGCAAAUCUGGGCAUCAACGUUGAACGUCCCGCCCGAGCAGAUCGGGAUGCAAGAUCGAUUCUUUUCGCUCGGCGGUGAUUCUGCUUCCGCGAUCCAAGCUGUGUCUCAUUGCCGAACCUCAGGCUUGCUUGUUAAUGCGGUGGAUAUGAUGCGAAAUCCAACCAUUGCAGCCUUAGCACCUAUCGUCCAAGAUGUUGAUCGGGAAGCAAGAUUGGAAGGCACGAUAGCACCAUUUUUCCUUAUGGACAGCAUGAACGAGCGUAAUGCUGUCUUGGAGACCAUAGAGCGAGCUUGUGGAAUCGACCCAAGUCAAAUUGAAGAUGCCUAUCCAUGUACUUCACUACAGGAAGGUCUGAUCGCUCUCACGGCCAAGGUGAAAGCUGCAUACAUCGCCGAAUUCAAAUUUCACUUGCCUCCUGAAACUGAUAUAGCUCGUCUGGAGUUAGCGUGGAAGGCGACAGUCGCUGCGAAUCCCAUCUUGCGCACGAGGAUCAUCCAGUUGCCUGGGAAAUCUCAAUGCUACCAGGUUGUUGUGCAGGAAAUUGCCCCUUGGGUUGUGUACGAUGGCGCCCAGGCCUACAAAGACACCAUGAAAUUGGAGCUUGGCUUAAAUAAACCCCUUGUUCAGAUGGGAGUGGUAGUCUCAGGGAGUCAGACUUCGCUUAUUUUACGCCUUCACCAUUCGAUAUAUGACGGCUGGUCCUUGCCCUUGGUGCUGGAACAGGUCCAACGCGUCUAUAACGGGGAGACUCUCACAUAUAACCCCAUGAACCAACUGAUUGAGUAUGUAAUGGGACAGCGCGCACAAGCAUCGGAAUUCUGGAAGUCGGAAUUGGCGGACUUGAAUCUGGCGGUGUUCCCACCCCUACCUAACGCUGGCUACCAGCCGACACCAGAUUCAACGCUCACCCGUACGGUGCCUAUCGAGCUGAUGAUGGAUAGCUCAUUCAGUCUGGCCACGAGAUUGUAUCUUGCAUGUGCGCUCGUUCUUUCUCAGUACAGUGGUAGCCGUGAUGUGGUCUUCGGAAUAACCAGAUCGGGAAGAGAAGCCCCUGUGCCUGGUGUUGAAAAAUUGACGGGGCCCACGAAUGUGACCGUCCCGCAGCACGUCAUAAUUCUUCCAGACCGAACGGUCAGGGAGAGCCUCCAGGAUUUACAGAAUAACCACGCACGCAUGGUCCCUUAUGAGCAAUUUGGCUUGCAGAAUAUUGCUCGAUGUGGUGAUUCCCAUGCUGCGGCAUGUGCAUUCCAGACUUUGAUGGUAAUUCAGCCUCGCCUUCGAAAAGAACACCGAGGUAGUUUAUGGUAUGAUCAGACCGUCGUAACUGAUCUCUCCGCCUUCACUGGAUACCUUCUUUUGCUAGAUUGCCAGUUGCUCGAUCAAGCUGUUGAGAUCCGAGCCGGCUUCGAUUCAGCGGCGGUUCCUCGAGCACAAGUCGAGCAGAUCCUGCUCCAGUUCGACCAUGUUUUGGGGCAAAUUAAUAAGCCAGGAGCUUUUAACUUGCAAUUUAAAGAUCUCCAACAGCUCCACCUGAAGGAUAUGGCGACGCUUGUCUCGUGGAAUACGCCGAGGGAUCCUGUACCAACUGAGGAAUGCGUCCAUCACGUAAUCCAGACACAGUUUGAUAAGCAGCCCAAUUCGCCCGCUGUUUGUGCAUGGGAUGGUACUUUUGACUAUUAUGAACUCGACAGGCUGUCAUACAGGCUGUCGAGGUACAUCCAGUCCUGUGGUGUUGCUCCAGAGACUGUAGUGCCCGUAUACUCGGAGAAAUCCCGAUGGGUUACAGUCGCAAUUCUCGGCGUCGUAAGAGCGGGUGGAGCAUUCGUUUUGUUAGACCCGACCCACCCUCUCGAUCGCCUUGAGCAGAUUUGCCAACAGACGUGCGCAAAAUUGAUUGUGGCCUCCGAAGAAUACAGGCAAAGUGCCCAAAGUUUGCUCCCGAAUGGGACGGUGAUCACUGUAGGACAUUCGAACUCAAUGACUUGGAAAACUCAGGAACCGAAAAUGAACAAAACCGUACCACCCACUGAAUUGCUGACCCCACGGAGCUUGCUUUAUGUUGUGUUCACUUCGGGCACAACUGGAAAGCCGAAAGGGGCAAUGAUUGAGCAUCGAUCGUGCCACAUGAGUGCAAUGGGUCUCGGUCGCCAGUUUGGCAUGGGAACUCACUCCAGAACUCUACAGUUCUCGUCACACGCAUUUGAUAUAAGUGUAUGGGACCAUAUUGGGACCCUAAUGAUGGGAGGGUGCGUGUGUAUCCCCUCCGAAUCUCAGAGGAGGAAUAAUUUGUCGCAGGUGACUGCAGAAAUGCGGGCCAAUAUAGCAGUUUUAACGCCAUCAGUUGCGCGCACUUUGAACGGCCCCAAAAUAUCUGCUACACUCCAAACUUUAGUGUUGGCUGGCGAAUCAAUGGCAGCUGAGGAUAGAUCUACGUGGUCCAGGUUGCAUCUGAUUAACGGCUACGGCCCCGCAGAGUGCGCCGGGAUCACCACUGUUCAACCUGUCGUUAGGAUGCAGACCGAUCCCCACAAUAUUGGCCGACCGAAUGAUGGCUUUUCCAUCUGGAUUACUCAUCCAGAUAAUCCUCACCAGCUGUUACCUAUUGGGGCGGUAGGGAGAGUAGUCGUUGAGGGCGCUACCAUCGGGCGUGGCUACUUAUAUGAUACGGAAAGAACCGCAGAAUCGUUCAUAACCCAGCCAACUUGGUUACGAAAUCUUCGAGAUAAGUCUAUGGCUAGUGAUGGUCGAUUGUACAGAACAGGAGAUAUGGGCCAGUACCAGCCGGAUGGGUCAAUCUUGUUCCUCGGGCGGAGGGACGAACAGGUGAAGAUCCGGGGUCAGAGAGUCGAACUGCCGGAAAUUGAGCACUAUGUUAGCCAACAAUUCAAUGAUAAUCCGAAGGUAAUUGCACUCGUUGCGAAAAACAGCCGGCGACAGACCUUGGUGGCGUUGGUAGCUUGGGAAGGUAUCAGGGAAGAUGACCAAGAUAUCCUUGAAGAUGAUCCAAUUUUUCGACAAUUAAUCCCAGCAGUACGCACAAACCUGGAUCGCAUAUUACCCUCGUACAUGGUACCGGCUAUUUUCGUGCCUCUUGCUCGGGUGCCAUUGACAAAGUCUGGCAAGACGGAUAGACGCCUCCUACACCACCAGAUAUCCAAGCUUUCUCCGAGGGAGCUUGAGAGGUUUGAAGGAGGAGAGAAACCCCAUCGAAAACCAAAAUCCAGGGCUGAGAGGGUGCUGCAGUUGGUUUUUGCCCGGACUCUCGCCGUGGACAAAGAGAGCGUCAGCGCGGAUGAUCACUUCUUCAAGAUGGGCGGUGAUUCAAUCACGGCGAUAAAACUAGUGACGGAGGCUGCCAUGGAGGGCAUCUCUUUCACCGUUGCAGACAUUUUUGCAAACCCAAUUCUCUCUGCUCUUGCAAAAUUCGAACAAAUUCCUAUCUCUAAAGGGGGAAGACUCCACCUUGUCAUACUCCGCGGGAAGCCUGCUUGGUAUCACUGA